ACAGUUUCGAAGAAGAAAUUAACAAAAAAUAUAAAUAUUUAACAAAAUUUACCUAUAAAAAAAAAAAGAAAACAACAGAGACACAUACGAGAUGGGAACUUGGGUCUUGGAGGUAGCCAAAAUGGGAAUGUACAUGGCAUUUCCGGUGACGCUAUUCCACAUUUUCAAUCAACCGGAAUACUUUGAGGAAUGGGUUACCAAAAAGAAGCGGGAACUUUAUCCACCGGAACACAAGAGUCAUCACGAGGAAUUGCAACGAGCUAUCAGGGAACACCAUCAGCAGCAUGACGCCAAAAUGAUGCGUGCCAUGGAAGAGGCCGAACGGAAAAAAUAAAACGCCAUAAUUGUAUUUACCUUUUGGAUUAUAUAAUCGGGCAUGCACUUGUCCACUCUGAUCAAGUUAGGCUGAUGAUUAAUUGUUUACUACUGCAACACAAUAAACCCUUCUAAUUACACAAAAAACAAGCUCUCUAAGAGGCA